ACCUGUUAUAGAUCGGAAAAGACAACCUCUUAUAAUGGCAGAGAUCGAAAGAUCGAAUUUUGAUGAUGAGAACUCGAUUACUUCUUACGGAACAUCGAUCCUUCAGUUGGGUUUUUUUCCAUCGGAGGAGGACGAAGAGACAAUCAUCAGAGAGAUGAUUGAAAAGGAGAGACAACACUCUCCCAGAGAUGAUUAUCUUGAGAGACUGACAAGUGGUGAUUUGGAUUUAAAUGUCAGAAACCAAGCCCUUGAUUGGAUUUGGAAGGCUUGUGAGGAACUUCAAUUUGGACCAGUGUGCAUAUGCUUAGCAGUUAACUACUUGGAUCGUUUCUUAUCAGUUCAUGACUUGCCUAGUGGAAAAGCUUGGGCUGUGCAGUUGCUGGCUGUGUCUUGUUUAUCACUGGCUACUAAAGUUGAGGAAAUUAAAGUUCCAGAGUUAAAACAUCUUCAGGUUGGAGAUCCUUGGUUUGUGUUUGAGGCUAAAUAUGUUCAAAGAAUGGAGCUUUUGGUGUUGAACGUAUUGAAAUGGAGGUUACGAGCUGUGACACCGUGCUCUUACAUUAGAUACUUUUUGAGUAAGAUCAAUGGCUAUGAUCAAGAACUAUCCAGCAGACUGGUCUCCAGAUCGUUACAAGUGAUAGCUAGUACAACCAAAGGUAUUGACUUUUUGGAGUAUAGAGCUUCAGAGAUUGGUGCUGCUGUUGCACUUUCUGUUUCUGGAGAACUCCAUACAUUACACUUUGACAAAUUCUCCUUCUCUUCCUUAUGCCCACACCUUGAUAAGGAGAGAGUGAAGAAGAUUGGUGAAAUGAUAGAGAGAAAUGGGUCAGCUUCGUGUCCACAGACACCACCCAAUAAUACAGUCUCACAAUUUAAGACUCUUUCUACUUCCUCUGUUUCCUCCUCUCUCACUUCUCUCUCUUAAUUUCUCUCUCUCUCUCUCUCCCUUUUUAAAAAUGUGGUAAUUGAAAUUUUGAUAAAAUAAACAAACCAAAAAG